AUCUGGUCGUCCGAUUCAUCUUUCUCCAGACGCUGCGUUUAUUCACUUUUGUGUGCAUUCCAUCUCUCGCUAGUCGCUACACAAGAACAAUCAAUCAUCCCUUGUGGUCGAUCUCUGAGUUGAAGUGAGGCAAGAGGGUUAAAAAGAUGAAAACAAAGAGAGAAGACAACAAUGAUGAGGAUGAAGGAAGGGAGUUUCCUGAUUUGAAGAGGCAGAAGAAGCUUGAUGAGUCUUCUCCACCACCUGCUUCCCUUGCUUUUGAAAAUGCCCUACACACCCUUGCUUCUUAUGAUGAUGAUGAUGACGAGAAAGAAGAAGAGGAAAUGAAGGAAGCAAGUGGUCUUCGUGGUAGAGAAGAUAAUAGAAGGGCUGAACGGAAUGGUCAUAGAGAUGAAGAAGAGUAUGAUGAUGAUGAUGAUGAUCCUCAUCAAGAGGCCAACCAAGUGAAGCGAAGCCGCUUGGUUGAAGUUCGAAGAGACUGCCCUUAUCUUGAUACUGUUAACCGCCAGGUUUUGGAUUUUGAUUUUGAGAAGUUUUGCUCUGUGUCUCUUUCGAACUUAAAUGUAUAUGCAUGUCUGGUCUGUGGAAAGUAUUAUCAAGGAAGAGGACAAAAAUCUCAUGCAUAUACUCAUAGUCUUGAAGCAGGACACCAUGUCUACAUCAAUCUUCGAACCGAGAAAGUUUAUUGUCUUCCUGAUGGAUAUGAAAUUAAUGAUCCAUCUUUGGAUGAUAUUCGACAUGUUCUAAACCCAAGAUUUACAAGGGAACAAGUUGAUCAGCUUGACAAAAACAAACAAUGGUCAAGAGCACUUGAUGGAUCUGAUUACCUGCCUGGGAUGGUGGGAUUGAAUAAUAUUAAAGAGACUGAUUUUGUAAAUGUCACAAUUCAGUCUUUAAUGAGGGUCACUCCCUUGAGGAACUUUUUCCUUAUACCUGAAAACUAUCGACACUGUAAAUCUCCACUUGUUCACCGAUUUGGAGAACUUACACGAAAGAUCUGGCAUGCACGGAACUUUAAGGGACAGGUGAGUCCACAUGAGUUUCUACAGGCAAUUAUGAAAGCUAGUAAGAAACGGUUUCGAAUAGGUGCACAGUCUGACCCAGUUGAAUUUAUGUCAUGGCUUCUUAAUACCCUUCAUGGAGAUCUAAGAACUUCGAAGAAAAAUAGCAGCAUUAUCUACAAUUGCUUUCAGGGUGAAUUGGAAGUUGUGAAGGAGAUCCCUAACAAAGGUUUCUUUGAGAAGAGGGAAAAUGGCGAUGACCAGAAUAAGGCCACUACUGCAGAUGAACAUGCUGAUGUUAUCUUGGAAACUUGCAGAAUGCCGUUCUUAAUGCUUGGAUUGGACUUGCCACCACCACCUCUUUUUAAAGAUGUGAUGGAGAAAAAUAUCAUACCUCAGGUUCCACUUUUCAACAUCCUAAAGAAGUUUGAUGGUGAGCUUGUCACAGAAGUUGUCCGGCCUCGAAUAGCAAGGAUGAGAUAUCGUGUUACCCGAUUGCCUCAGUAUCUAAUUCUCCACAUGCGUAGAUUUACUAAGAACAAUUUCUUUAUCGAGAAGAACCCUACUCUUGUCAAUUUUCCUGUGAAGAACUUAGAGCUGAAGGAUUAUAUCCCCCUACCUGCACCUAAAGAGAAUGAGAAACUGCGUUCAAAGUAUGAUUUGAUUGCAAAUAUUGUUCAUGAUGGAAAGCCUGGUGAAGGGUUCUACAGGGUAUUUGUACAGCGGAAGUCAGAAGAACUAUGGUACGAGAUGCAGGAUUUGCAUGUCUCAGAAACUCUUCCUCAAAUGGUUGCUCUAUCUGAGACCUACAUGCAGAUCUACGAGCAGCAACAAUGAUGUCUGUUGAGUGCAUGAGCCAAAACAAUUGGAAAAAGGAAAUAUAGACCUUCAGAAGUGGUAGAUUUGGCAACAUAUAAAACACAAAAAAUUGAAGACCCAUGGGAAUUGAGAAAGGUGUUAGUCCCUGAUGAUCAUUCAACUUCACUGGUUGAUAGUUAAUUUUGACUAUAAAUAUAUCCAUCAUUGAGAGUACCAAACUUCUCAUAAAACAUUGUUUAGUGAUCAUGUUUGGUAAUUUAGAAUUAUUGUAUAUACAAUGAGAAUGAGCUGUAGGUUUUGAAUUCUAUCUUCCAAUAUUAGAUUUUGUUUUCUUUUUUUUACUA